UCUGAUGUGUCUCAAGGUAGUGCGUCUUUAAACUCAGCACAGGAAAUCCUUUCAGCACGUGACCUUGUUAGCAGAGGAAAUACCAUCCCCACUGGCCUCAUCAGCACCCAGCCUCUGCCUGCUGCAGCCUCACCAGCAUUAGAGGCCUCACAGGAGGCAGCAGGGUUUAAGAAGCCUCAGUGUGACCUCCAGAAGCCCACCUGCCCACGAUGUGGCCUCGCAGUCCCAGACCACGGACUCCACCAUCUCUCCCCGGACCUGAGCCGACUGCAGGGCUCCAGCCUGUCGGUGCACAGCAGCAGCAGCAGCAGGAAGAGCAAGAGGAGCAAGAGGAGCGGGGGCAGCGUGGCCGGCUCACACCGACAUACUGCUACACCUUCUGACUGCUGUUUACACCUGCUGCUGGCGUGCCUGUCGUGCCAGUGCUCCGUGCUGCUCCUGGGUCUGCUGGAGGCCUGCUCCUCCUGCCUCCACGCCCUCUGCUGCUCCUGCUGCUGCCACGCCUGCGCCCGCUGCUGUUCGGCCAUCCAGGAAGCGCCCGUGGAGGAGCUCAACUGCCCCGCCCACUGCCACUCGGUGCUGUUCGAGUCUUGCUGCGAGCCGACCGAGUGUCUCGAGUUUUGCCUGGAGUGCUGCGAGAUCUGCCAUCGCAGCUAGGGAGGCAGCCGGACCGGCCCGGGCCUCAGGACUAAUCUAUAAAACAAGAUGUGACGAGACUGAAACAGCAGACGUUCAAACCAACGUGGGACUCGUUAGUACUGAAAUGACAUUUCUUGUGACUAAACAUCGUCUUAUUGACCCUGUCGUGACCCUCAAUGUUGUGAACAGCUGCAUUUGACAUUUGACUUUAAAGCUUCAAUCAUAAAGGGGAUUUCAAGUGCCUUAAUGACCUAAAGCACUUCGAAAUAAGUAGAAAGAAAUUGGGAAAUUCACACAUUUGUUUUAUGUCCAAGAAUUAGAUGAGAAUAUUGACACCACUCUCAGCAUGUCUGUGCGUUAAGUCCUGAGCUGGAGUCAGGAGGCGAUUAGCUAUAAGCUUAGAAUAAAGCCUGGAAGAUGGAGGACACAACUAGCUUGGCUCAAUCCGAAGUAAAAACAACAAAUCUAACCACCCAACAUAU